CUUGAACUUGGAGUUUUGUCGACAUUUGCCGAAUCUUGAUGACGUCGCAGCCACCGCCCAUCCCGCUGGACGACGCCGUCCGCCAGGUCCAGACCUUCUGGAACAACUUCUCCGAGACGUACACGGCUACGGCCAACAAGCGCAUGACGAUCCAGGGCUCCAGCUCUCUGCACGCGCACUUGGAGCUCGACGACGCCACGAGCGUCCUUGAGAUCGGCGCCGGCGCUGGCAUCGGUACCAUGGACAUGCUCUCGCGCCUCUCGACGGAGCGCGAGACGCGUGUCUUGUCGACGGACCUUUCACCCGAGAUGCUGCAGCGGCUUGAGGCGCGCAUUGCGCCCUUCCACGGCAAGGCCAAGGUCGACGUGGCGUUGGCCAACGCGCAAGAGCUCCAGGGCUUGGCCGAUGCGUCGUUUGAUCGGUACAUUGCGAGCCUCGUCUUGCAGCUGACGCCAGACCCGGACGCAAUGCUCCGUGAAGCCUACCGCGUGCUCAUGCCAAAGGGUCUUGCCGGGUUUGUCAUUUGGGGCAACCCGGAGCACAGUGGCCUCUUUACGAUCCCGAGCAUGAUGGAGAAGGAGCUCGACAUUGGCAACCGCGGCGCCCAGCAUGGCAACUUUGCGCUCGGUUUGAAGCUGGACGAGCUCAAGGCCAAGAUGCGGAAGCUCGGUUUUAGCAGUGUCGUCUCGUGGCCCUUCUUGUGCAUUUCGGAAAAGUGGAGCGGCGAGCGCAACGCCGAGUACCACAACCAAAUGUACCCGCUCUCGCCCGACCAAUUUCCUGAUGACGCCGCUCGCCUCGCAGCGCAGUGCCAGCGCUUUGAGACGAUGACGCGCCUCUCCAACGAGUGGCUUGCGACCAAGGGCAUGCCCAUCGGUCUCGAAGUGUACCUCAUUAUUGCGCGCAAGUAGUACUUCGCAGUAGCAGCAAUGAUACCUUCUUUGUUUCUUUGGU